UGCUGGUUGCCCUUGGGGUGGCCAUGCUGCUGGUCCUGGCCAUCGUCGUGCCGCUGCUGGCGCUGCCCCCGCCCGGCGCCGGACACUACGAGAUGCUGGGCACCUGCCGGAUGAUCUGUGACCCGUACACCGGGCACCCACCCAGCUCCCCGGGAGAAGCUCUGCAGGACCUCAGCGGGGCCCCUCCGCCCUUCAUCCAGGGACCAAGAGGGGAUCCUGGCAGGACAGGCAAGCCGGGACCACGGGGACCCCCUGGAGAGCCCGGGCCGCGCGGACCCCCGGGAGAGCGGGGUGAGCCGGGCAGGUUGGGGGGCUCCGGUACCGCCGUGUCCCCCGUUCUCCCUUCACCCCGCAUCGCCUUCUAUGUCGGGCUGAAGAGUCCACACGAGGGAUACGAGCUGCUGAAGUUUGACGAUGUCGUGACUAAUGUCGGGGAGCACUACGACCCGAGCACCGGAAAAUUCACCUGUCAGGUCCCGGGGAUCUACUACUUCACCUACCACAUCCUGAUGCGCGGGGGCGACGGGACCAGCAUGUGGGCAGACCUGUGCAAGAACGGCCAGGUCCGGGCCAGUGCGAUUGCGCAGGACGCGGAUCAGAACUACGACUACGCCAGUAACAGCGUGGUGCUUCACCUGGACUCCGGAGACGAGAUCUACGUGAAGUUGGAUGGCGGGAAAGCUCACGGCGGGAACAACAAUAAAUACAGCACCUUCUCCGGAUUCAUCUUAUACCCGGACUAAAGGGGCGGCCUCCAGCGCUGCGCCGGGACAAACCUGCCGCUGCCAGUGCCGAGCGCUUACACAUGAACACUCACGGGUGUGUACAGAGCUCCAUGCACCGCCAUGAACCCAGGAGAAGAUCACACUCAUCCUCCACCGUACCUGGACUACAAGCACCAAUGGGAAACCACAUCCUGUUCAAAUAUACCUGACCUACAGAGGACAUACGUGACCGCCCUGAC